GUGCGCCGGCUUUAGCUGUCACGUCCCUCAAAUGCUGAGCCAGCAUUUAUGACGGGGAAGACAAAGGGAUACGGGGAGAUCAACCAUAUCUCCUCAGAGAUCUGAUUGAUUCAAAAAAUCCAAGAUUCAGAUCGUCAUUGCUAAUGUGUACCUUGUGCUGUCAAGUCAGCUCGCCAUUACAGGCACACUUGCUAGGUCGUUACAAACAUGACAUUUUGCCAGAUCGGCUCAUCCGUGAUAGUUUGUCCAGCAGUGUCGUCACUCCUGAGCUCCCUGCUUCAAGGUCGUCACUCCUGAGCUUCCUGGUUUCAGGUCGUCACCUCAGAUUACUGGCUCUGGAGCAUAAUGCCUCAGCUGCGGCCGCUAUGACUCCGUGUUGGAUAGUGAAGCUGCCGAAACACCGCCCAUCUAGAGCCCUAGCCUCUUGCAACUUGCUUCAGAUCGACGACUUGAGGUGAUGAACGAGUGACAUGGCUUGCGGGUAAUGAUGCCUCC